AUGACAACAACCGAAUUACCUGCUUUAUCAUUAUUGAUCAUUAAACAAAUCAUAGUAGAGUGUGUAAGAGGUGAUAGAUAUAUGUUAUCAUUCCCAUUCCUCUUUGUCAACAAGAAUUGGAAUAGGUUAUUUGACAAUGAUUCAUUUUGGCAACAACUAUGCUAUGUUAGAUGGACAAGUUUGUCAUUACUGCCACAAGAUUAUACUCCCAACUCCAAUUUGGAGGAUUUUAAACCUGUCAUUGAACCAAGCUGCGGUGGUAGUGUUGAUGAUGAUGAGGAUGAAGAUGAUGAUUACCUUUUUGGAACAAAUAUCAACUAUCCAAAGGUAAAAAGUAUCAAUGGAUGGAAAGAUGUAUUUAUAUCAAGGUAUUAUAGAACUUAUCAUCUUAGAAUACAACAACAUUUCUACAUGUCUGGUCAAUAUCUUGUAUGUAAAAUCCGUGAUCAGCAAUCUAUCACCAAUCAAGCAUUAUUGGCAAAGAAAAUGAAAGCUCUUGAUCAAGACCACUUGGACAUGUAUAGAGAUGAUCUAGAAUCAUUAUUUGUGUUAGAGUCGGUCGAAUAUCAUUCAAUUGAACAAAUAGGUUAUCAUCAUUCAAAAUGCACUGAUUUCCGAACUGAAGUUAUCGGGUCAGUCAUGACUCUAUCUGGCAAGAGAAUUAAAUUCCAAUUAAGAAAGGGAAGAGACCAUGGCUAUAGCUAUGAAGAUUAUGAUACCAACAUAUUGAUCAUUGGUUCUGCUAAAUGCACCAAGGAAUACCUAUUGAAAAAUGUUCCUGGCUUUUGGGAGAAAGUCAAGGUUCAAAUGAAAUGGAAUGGGUCAUUAGAGAAGAUCCAAGAGAUAAUAUGUGAUAUCAUGCAACCCGAAACAGAGAUUGAUGCAUUUGGUUUACCACACGAAUAUUUCCAGAGGUACAAUUUACCAGAGUAG